AAAUAAAUUUCCAAGCUUAGUUAAGGUCCAUUUACAUUUUAUUACCCAUUUUCCAAUACUACAAACUACAUCGAACUUAACCCUGUAAUUAUUAUCGUUGAAACGUUGGAAAGGGAAACGAUUUAUGUGAUAUUCUCAACCUAUAGCUGUAGCUUAGUUUUCAGUGACCCCACAUGCGCGCUACCUUGGGGAACGUUGUAGCCGAACUUGGAACUAAAUAGUCGGUCUGUUUUGGGGUUAUUCCGGACGUGUGUAAACUUCGGUAGCAUUUGAUUUUAAAAAAUGUCAUCUGUUCAGAAGCAUGUCUGUGUGCUUUGCAACAACAAAUUGGAUUCAAAAGAAGCCCUUCAAGAGCACUUCAGGAAACAUGCUAACAAAGAGAUUGACAGUAAGGGACGGCCUAUGAAAUCCCGACCUGGAAGUGCUGGCAAGACUUCUAACAAACAGUUGACACCAAGUCCAGGUCGUAGUAAAUCUGGAUCUAGCAACAAUGCUGAUAUUGUGUGCGAUGUAUGUAGUCAGGCUUUUGACAGUGUAACGCUUGCAAUUCAACACAAGUUUCGUAAACACCCAGAAAGUGCAGCAAAGCAUUUUUGCCCAUAUUGUGGGAUGCAGUUUCCACUGAGAAUCAACCGGGAUAAACAUACUUCAGCAGAGCAUCCUGAUUGUACUCCCAGCAAGCUGUUGCCUUGUGGAGACUGUGGUGUCGUUUUCUAUACAGAUGAAGCCGAAGCAUAUCAUUCCAAGUCAACACACAAGAGGAUUGUGGCAUUGUUCCAGCCUGUGGCUACUCCACCACCAUCAAAGAAGAUCAGGGUGAAUAAUGCAGGUGAAGCACAGUCAGUCUACUACUGCCACCUGUGUGGUUUUGAAUACAUUGUCAAGUUCAACCUGCAGAAACAUCUCGAGCGUCAGCACUCAGAGCAGGAACAAAAUAAAGUCCCUGAGGACUUGAUAAAAUGCACAACCUGUGAUGCGCUUUUUUACAAUAAACGAGCAUAUGUUAACCACAAUAUGUACCAUAAACCUGAUGACUUGUAUGUUACAAGUGAAGAACAGAGAUUACAAACUGUAAGUCGUGUAGACCAAGAUUUUGAUAUCCGGCGAGUUCAGACAGCUGCAGAAAAGUUCAUCCCUGUGUUCCGACCCCGUGGACGACCUUCUCCACAGCAACCCCAAAAGAAGAGAAAGAAGGCUCGGUCAGCAGUGGCAGCACUAAAUGUGAAGAAGGAAGAAGAUUCCACUGAUGAAUUGUCUCCUGCUGAUUCUGCCCCCUCAAGUGAUUCUAGUGACUCAGACAGUGAUCUUCCAUUAUUGGAGCGACUUGAUAGCAGUAAGCGGCAGCAGCUAGGUGGACUGUGAUGACAUGUAGGGAUGAUUUGCUAUCAGUGCCCUCUGUGCUAGUCUCAUCGCUUGUUGUUCAGUAUGGAAACUAUACAUUAUAUCUGAAGACGAUAAGGAGAAAGCAGGCCACAGUAACAAUACAUCACAGCUUAGAAACAGUGUUGGACAUACAGUGCAUCAUUGGAUUCCAGUAGUAUAGUUAUUUCUUUGAAAAUCUGCUCUAUGUAGGAGACAUGUUUUAAAUAUUUCAUAGCCAGUUGGUGCAACAUUGGAAGUACUAAACCUGUUGAUACUUGGGUAUGUGAUAUGUUUGUUGCAAGCAGUGUUUUAGCCAUUAAAUCUCAUGUUUAUGUAUUUUUGUGUGUUAUGUAAAUUGUGAUCUUAGCGAGUAUAAUUUCUGCUCUCCAGUUAUUUAUGUGCAACAAUACUGGUAUAAGUAUGUGAGUAAAGAGCAUUGUCAAUAUUUUGAUGUUAUUUUAUGUGCAGUUUCUCUUUUGUAUUAAUUUCAGUAUGUUACUGAUGUGGGGAGAGAACUGAAUUGGGCAAAGUACAAAUUCUAUCAUCAUAUUGAUGGUGGAAGUGCAGAUUGGGCUUUGCCACAGUAAUCAAGUACUUUAAAUAACAAAGUAUGAACUUAAAAUUAUUUGUGUCUGAAAAGUAAUAAGUGUAAUGGUAUGUUUGUGAAAACCUAUUCAAAUAAAUUCUGAUUAUCUUUGAA